AUAGCUCCACAGGAAUUGACGACGCACAGAGAAGCAGAAACAGCUGCUUUAUAUCAUAAGCAUUUGCCAAAAAUUAUAGAUUUGAGUUCUUUGGUAAGCGACAUGAAAGUUGGUAGAAGAUUCGCAGUAUUUCUGGUUCUUCUUGUUGUUGGACAAGAGUUGUGCCUGGCUCGUCACGCCCAAGAGCAGGCACAAAUACUUCGCCAACGCAUCAAGAGACGCGCUACCAAGCUUGAGGAAACAGGACUUGAAACAAAAGGAAAACAAAAGAGGAGUGUUGCUACUGUAGCACUAGUAGCCGCCCUUACAGUGUCCGCUGCGAGUAUCGGAACAGAAGUCUAUUUUGCCAUCAAUAAGUGCUGUGAUGUGCAGCCACAGGUUUGCAGGGACAGUGAUGAAUUCAAUGCGAUUAAGAAAAAGUUGGAGCCUCUCAGCAAAUCCAUUGACAAAAAAGCACUCGAAAGCUCCAACCUGAAAGAAGAUAUUCUUCAAACAAACGUCGAAGUCCAACAAAUGUGGAACGAAAUGUUGAGAAUUGGAGAAUAUGAAGAGGAACUUGUAACAACUCUAAGUCCAGAGAUUACUAAAGAGUUUAACAAUAAAUGGUUUGAAAUAGAGCAACAAUUGAAGGCAAAGAAUAGUACCGUACAACAAUGGAGUGAUCAGAAAGUUAGAGACCAAUACAACACUUUCUUUUCAAGCUUUCAAACAACAAUGAUUGGCAUGUCUAACUUUAUUGGUCUUGGUUUAAUUGGAGUGGGAACAGUGGCCUAUAAUUACUACAAAAAGAACGAAGUAAAUAAGAUGAUAAAUGAUCUUGGAUCUGGCAAGGGACACAAACAGUUAACGACAGCGAAAKCACAGAAAGCACAGAAAGUUCUGGGCGUCARUCAAGGAAACGUAAAUAAGUUUGUCAAACAAACUGCAGUCUCUAAAGUCAACCACAAGUUUUCUGGCUCCAGUUCAAGAUUUAGUAAAGUAAUGAAUGGCAUCAAUGUUGUCGGGGCUUUGGUMUCAGUAGCAUUUGAUAUUUAUGGCAUCGUUGCUAAGUUUAAGCAAUGUGCAAAUUUGAAGAAAGAGGUUGCUAAGGCACUUGGUAAAAUGCAAGAAGCUGAAACAGGAAUGUUGAACACCCAAAAAAAUGUCAACGAUUUGUAUACUUAUCUGCAAACACAGGGAUGGAACGUACUCUCUACACAGCUGACAGAUGCCAACUUCAAAAAAUCAUUGGGCGAUUUACAAAAGCUGGCUGAAGGCGCGCACUCCGUUCYAACGUCAGUUUCAAAUGCUGGAGUGACUAUCAAGAACUUCCUCAAUACCAUCGAUGUUAUUGCUUCUGACACUACACAAGUUUAUAACUCAACGAGGGGACUUAACACAGCCCURAGGGGUAUCAAGGUACUCUUGAAAUGCUAUGUUAAUAGAGGAAAGCUUCUGCAACACGUGUCUGCUGAAUGCAAAAAAGGUACUGACUCGUUACGAAAUCUGUAUGAUGAUUCGCUGACCAAAUUUGGCAGCCAUGGCGAUCAUUGCCUUUUAGAUAAAAACGGCACGGCCUACACUACAUUUGACGGAAUCAAAAAGAGUAUCGAGACAAUGGCAGCCAGCGAGAACUACAACGAUGACUGUGUYUUGAACAGUGAAGACAAGAGGAAGGAAGCUUGUCGUCAAAAGGCCGGUGGAUACACAAACAACCAAAUUGCCUCAGACAUGAAUCUGACAGUCAAACARGUCGAAACCUUCCUUGCUGACUGCCCUGAACCAGAGCUGACUCCAYUGCAGCAGACACAGAUCUGUCAGUUCAAGGGAAUGAACUGGAGCGCAGCUCAAAUUAAACAGUUUCUCAUGCCAGCCAUUAAAGAAAGCACCAUCCAAGCCUAUAUGGACAACGAGUGCUAAUAAUCAACUGUUGAUAUCUUUGAAAUAGAAACAGUUCUAUUCAACUAAUUAUAUAACUACAGAAGGUUACAUUUUAUUGAUCCCGUUAUUGAAUUUAUAGGUGUUUACAGUGUUAUCUAGGGCGACUGAACUUCAUUGCUUCAGUUUAAGUGCUUACUACGCAUGUCUUUAUCAUGCUCUAAGUAUUAUCAGUUGUGCUAGUUUUAAACAGUAUUACAUCGGAUUUUCCACUUAUUAAGUAUGACAUAUAU